UUACAUAAGUAUACCGACAUACUAAAUAUAAGCCCCGAUCGUUCGAUCACGAAACCUUGUUACGAUAUCCCCCCACACCCCCGCCAUCAUGGACGCCGACACGACCAAACCACAUUCCGCUGUGCCGACACACAUGGUGAAUGGAGGGUCGCCGCUCAGACUCACGACCGAGGCUCGCGACAAGAAGGAACGGGAAAAUCUCUUCAAUGCCAUUGAGACGUCCAACCGGGGUCGGCAAGUGGUAGAUUUCGACGGGCCGACUGGUUAUUUCCCCGCAAAGGCUUUUGCAGUAAGCAACAAUGGUGGCAGUGCGAAUAGCGGACUUGAGAUGAGCAACGGCCACAUGGAGCACGAAUCCGAGAGCGAGGACGCCGUCGUCCAAACGCCGCUUGCGACGAGCCGCGCCCACAGCCCAUAUACCCAACAUCCGACGAUUGAUUUUGACGGGCUUAGCUGGCCUAGCAAGGGCACACGGCAUCGGAAGGAGGCGACAGACGAAGAGAAGGCCGAGAAUCUGAAGAAGCUGUCGGGCGCUGUACGGACAAUGCUCGAGUGUCUGGGCGAGGAUCCUGAUCGCGAGGGCCUGCUGGACACACCCGAGAGGUACGCAAAGGCGCUGCUCUUCUUCACCAAAGGUUACGAGGAGAACCUGCGGGAUAUUGUCAAUGGAGCCGUCUUUCAUGAAGACCACGACGAACUGGUGAUUGUACGAGACAUUGAGAUAUUUUCGCUGUGCGAGCACCACUUGGUGCCCUUUACCGGAAAAAUGCACAUUGGUUACAUCCCCAACCGUCGCGUUAUCGGCUUGUCGAAGCUGGCACGUAUUGCCGAAAUGUUUGCCCGCCGGUUCCAAGUGCAAGAGCGGCUGACGAAGCAAGUUGCGCUGGCUCUUUCCGAGAUGCUGCAGCCACAGGGGGUUGCGGUGGUGGUGGAGUCAAGCCAUCUUUGCAUGGUGAUGCGCGGGGUUCAGAAGACGGGUGCUACAACGACUACAAGCUGUAUGCUUGGUUGCAUGCGUUCGCGGGAAAAGACUCGCCAGGAGUUUCUCAACCUUAUCAACAGGAGAUAAAAGCGUGGGGCGUUAGUGUUUGGGAUCCGGCGUUCUGCAGGGGGUGGGGAGUUCAUCACUCUGGCUGGGCGGGCAUAUUGCGUUGCAUGACACAGACGCAUAAGCCUUUCAACAGGUUGUGUUUCGUUUUACUUUUUCCCUUGUUCUUUCUUGGUCUUUCUUGUUCAUUUUCUUCCACAUGCCUGCCACACACUCACGGCAACGUA